UAUGGAACAACUAAGUCCAAAUAUUCCCGACUAUCGGUUUUCUGAGCCAGUGCGAGCAGGUUCCAGCAUGUCCCUUUAAAAAGGGUGUUUUUCACAACUUUGCUCUAUAAAUCAUAGGACACUUCAAAAGAUGCCUGAACAAUAAAUAAAUGUGGGUGUCGUUCACUCACAUAGAUGUCCUAGAAAACCUCUGUUCACAGACUGCUUUAAGGAAAAAAAAAAUUGGCCUGGCCUGCAGUAUUUCACUCUCUAAAGUUCAUCCUGCGAACUUUCAUUAAACCUUCUCAAGAACAUUUUAUAGGCGUUCUUGUUGAGUUAUUCUUGUUGAGCAUUUUCCAGUUUCCAGAUGGAGCACUUCGUGUGACUUAAUACACCCAUGAGUUAAUAAUACUUUCCGAGAUGUUCCCCAAACACUAUUUUAGCCUUGUUUCAACUCUUCAUUCACAAAUGUUUCAUGCUCGUUGCUCAGUAAUUAUAAUGCACUGACUCGAGUUACAUCUUUCCUCUUCUUCAGUUUUAGUCAAAGGAAAAUUGACAGAUAGCAUCAUCACGGAGGUAAAGAGAACAAGUGAAAUGAGUUUAAAUGCUGUAAAGCAAAUAAUCAGCUUCCUAUAACAGAGCUGACCAUUAAUUUCCUUAGCAGGAUCCAGGACUUUUCACUACAUUUCCAAGAAUCCUCGCUAGUAUUUUCCUGGGUUGUGGAUACAUGGGGCUGAGUCAGGCCACCUGGUUUCUCAUCCCAGACCCCUCAUUAACCAAUCCCACACCUCAAAACUCCCCACCUAAGUCACUCAACCUCUCUGAGCCUAAGUCUGUAGGCUGUAGAAUAAGGGGCUGAUUGAUGACAUCUAAGAUCAGCUCUUUCUUUUUUUAAUUAUUCUCAAAAAUAAAAAUAGGAUAAAAAGGAAAAAAAAAUCCAGGAAAGAACAACUUGUGCUCAUUUGGGCAGUCCACCCAGUCUUUUUAUUGAUGGAUGACACCUUUUUAAUUCUCUGAAAUAUGCACACCCAUCCACGCUCUUCCCUUGUAAAGUAACAGCUCAUAAAAUGCAGCUUGCGUAAAAAUGAUUUGCAUGACCCAUUUCUCGGCUGCGGAGCUGUUUAUUAUCCUAAAAGUCCGGUUUUCUUCACCGUGUGGGUUUCUGUUUGUGUGACCGUCCUCUCCGAGGUCACCCUGUGACACUGACGUCUGGUGCCUUCCGGGCCGCCUCCACUGCCCACCUGUCCUCAAGCGCUGCUUCCGCUGAUUGGACUCCUACGUCGCCUCCCUCGCAACCACUUCUGCACAUCCCCAUGGGGUCUGCAGCACAAAAGCCAACAGCUUGAGCGCGCGCCCAGACAGCGGAGGCGGGGGUGGGGGGUGUCCCACGGUACCUUAGGGAAAAAUAAGAGGUCGCCGCAGGAUGCUGACCCUUAAGGUAGUUUUAAGAUGAAUUUGGCCUGGCAGCGGGCUCUCCCCUCACUUGGCUCUGGAGAAAGCAUCCGUUGUGACUUAAAUGCCUCUGAUCAACAGUUUCCGUUUACAAAAGUCCCAUCGCAGCCCAGGUCCCAGGUCCGCGUGAUGCGGUUUAUUGUGGCAACAACCCCGGCAACUGCCCAGGUGUCGAGCGCCUCCUGCCGAGCUUUUAAGCGCAGGAGGUGGGAGAGGCUGGAGGCGCGGGGCUUGGGCAGGGGCGCAGGGCGCAGGCGCGCGGCGAGGAGCGCUCGCGGGGGCGCACGCGGCAGCCGGGCGGGAGGAGCAACGCGCGGCGCGCACCAUGGGCUGCGGAGUUUCCCAGCCCACGGAAGAACAGAGACGCGUGCCCGCUCCCAAGAAGGGCUGGGAAGAGGGAUUCAAGGCUGAUGUCGGUGUGGCUCACUCCCGGGAGAAUUGCAGACCCCAGGUUGAAGCUGAGCUGCCCACGGGUACUGUGGGCAGCCCCGGAGGCCUGGAAAAGCAGCCGUUGGGAAGCUUACCUGGAACCGUUCCAGAAAGUUCCCCAUCUCCUAACGAAAGAAACGGAAGAAUAAAUUCAGACCUAGUGAUCAGUGGAUUAAUGCAUAAACCCCAACCUUUAGAGAAUCAAGAGCGACAGACAUCAUCAGACAUCCUGGAGGAAUUAAUUGUUCAAGGAAUAAUACAAAGCCACAGCAAAGUCUUUAGAAAUGGAGAAUCAUAUGACGUCAUGGUAAACGCUACUGAGAAGCCACUGAAAAAACCACCGGCCAGGCUGAAAAAACUUAAGGUCAAAAAGGAAGUCAAAGAUUUCACGAUGAAGGAUGUGGAAGCGAAGAUGCAGGCGGCCGAGGAGCGCAGGAAGACUAAAGAAGAAGAAAUAAGAAAAAGGCUACGGAGUGACCGGCUCUGACCAGCCCGUCACUCAGACUCAUCUGAUCCGUGUCGGCAGGAGGCUCCAUUUGCCAAAGGACUUGACACUAUGAGCUCUGCCGUCUGGAACCCGUCUGACCUGCGGGAAGAAAAGACGUUGACAAGGAAGAAGAGUAAAAGUGACGUGAACUCCGAUGAUAGAAACCAGAGUUACGAAGGUAUUGGGGUCGUGGAGUCAGACAUGUCCUACAACCAAGCAGAUGACGUAUUCUAAAAAGCUGUUUUCUGUCGAUUUCAUCCAAAGGCAUCCAGUUCUCCCCAGGGGUGACAUUCUUAGUGUGUCUCGUGUCUUCUUUACCUGCCUGCCCCCCGCCCACAGGGACGGUGCCUUGGGUUUGGCAAUGACUGCGUGAGCUGCCGGGGCUGGUGCUUAGCUGAAUGAACGGAAUGGCUUUAAAGAAAACAAGGAUUUGACUAGCUUCAGUAGUAUAAAGUUCUUCCUCUUCGCUGUAGCUUCAAACACUGCAAGAUAUCUUUAAUUUACAAGCACCUUGCAGCUUCCAUUAAUGUAUUUGUGCCAAAUGAAAUCCUUCUUUGGGGUUCCUGCCCCUUGGCUGUGUCUGUCCACUGAGUGUCCUUUAAGACAAAUUGUAGGGAUUUGUGUUAAGGAUUUUAAUGAUCCAUAUGUAUGCUUCUUAUGCUGUAUGUUCAGGUGGUUGUUUUGUUGUUGUUGUUGUUGUUGUUGUUGUUGUUUUUUAGGGCCACACU